AGUCAGUGGUUAGGACUUGUUGAUGAGGGGGAUUUAGUUGGUCUGGGGCGUACAGGCUAAAAACCCACCACUGAUUAUCACUUCACAUCCUUUGCCCCCGCUCAUCGAGCGUGGGAAAAUACAUCGUCUAGGUUGUCAGUGGCUUUUCUUCCCGGAAUCUCAUUUCGCCAAGGAUCGCCUUAGAAGCAUCACCCUCUCAGAUGUCAUGGGUCAUGCAAUGCGCUGAUCUUCGGGGAGUUUACAUUUCUAUAUCAAAAUACUACGCAGACGUCAUCUGCAAGGCGCUCAGAUCAGCUCCCCCCUUCCUGCUCAGUCUGACUGUCACCGGACUGAGAUUUGCAGAACAUUUUCGGAGGAAUGUCCAAUAAUUGCGGAGCUCUCCGAUUUUGCGUAUUUUUCUGUGAAAUGUGCAACUCUUCUGGGGAAGCUGUCGUGGAUAUCCUUUUGCAAACUUCGCGUCUCGCCUUGGCUUUUCUGCUCUCAGCCGGGUGGUUAUCUUCGUAGGAGGUGCCUGUGUUUGUUUAAUUGCCCGGCGGCGCACAUGCACAGGCGUCCCCACUGGCCGAGCUGUGCUGCCAUUCGUCUGACAGAAGAAGGAAAAAGGAUAAAACAGAAGAUAAAAAAAAGGGAAAAGAGGGUCGAAGAUAUUUUUCUCCCCAUUUAGAGUCCCGCAAGGACGCAGUGGAGCUUUUAAACAUUUCUAAAGACGAUUGACUGAUUGAGAGCAGAUGCAGGCUACAGGUAUGAAUAUUCUGAGAUCUCCAUGCGCAUGAGUUGGGCUUUUUUAAUCAAGCGCGCUGUCACUGAUGAGCGGGAUUGCUCAUGAAGAUGUUAAAUUGUUCCACCAUGCUCAAGAAUAUUUCGAAUGAUAAUUGGAUCAGGUUUAGUAUCACAAAUAUCAUGUAGUGUUUGAACAAAGGAGGGAAAAGCCAGCAAUCAGAAAUACCUUUCGCAGCCGGUAUGGGACUGUGACCCGGGCUGUGAGCUCCGUGAGGUGGCGGUUCUCUGCGCGCAGACUGGACCUGUGCGGUUGUGACAUUUCCGAGCCAUGGCCGCUGCCAUCGCGAGUGGGUUGAUCAGACAGAAGAGGCAAGCGCGGGAGCAGCACUUGGACAGACCCUCCACCAACCGACGGAGGAAGAGCCCCAACAAGAACAAGGGGCUCUGCAAUGGGAACCUGGUCGACAUCUUCUCAAAAGUGCGCAUCUUUGGGCUCAGGAAAAGGAGGCUACGGAGACAAGAUCCCCAGCUCAAGGGUAUAGUGACCAGGUUAUAUUGCAGGCAGGGAUUCUACUUGCAAAUGAACCCAGAUGGCUCUCUUGAUGGGACCAAGGAUGACAGCAGUAAUUCCACAUUGUUUAACCUUAUUCCUGUGGGCCUCCGAGUCGUCGCCAUUCAAUCAGUGAAGACAGGGUUAUACAUCGCAAUGAACGGGGAGGGCCAUCUCUACACAUCAGAACUCUUUACAGCAGAAUGCAAGUUCAAAGAGUCCGUGUUUGAAAACUACUACGUGAUCUACUCAUCCAUGCUGUAUAGACAACAGGAGUCGGGGAGAGCGUGGUUUCUGGGGCUCAACAAAGAGGGCCAAGCCAUGAAGGGGAACCGAGUGAAAAAAACAAAACCAGCUGCUCACUUCCUGCCCAAGCCAUUAGAAGUUGCCAUGUACAGAGAGCCAUCGCUGCACGACGUCGGAGAGACGGUGCCCAAGGUGGCCGUGCCUCCUAGUAAAAGCACAAGUGAACCAGUGGUGAUGAACGGAGGCAAACCUGUCAGCAAGCCCGACAAACCGGCCACAUAGCCACACUUGACCAGUGUCCGGCGUGAGUGCAUGUGCAGGAGGGGAGGAAUGUAAUGGAGGCAGGUCUUUUUUUUUUUUUUUCUCCAGCUAGACUCCAAACCCUCCUUUUUUCCUGUGGAUAACAUCCAGCUGAGACUCCUUUCUUUUAUUAUCUUGCUCCUCCUCCUCCUCCCUUUCUCUGGCUAUGUUGGCACAGACUGAAUCUGGGAUGGCUCAGUUUAUCCAGCACAGGAGGAAAGAGGACUUCUGAUCCUGUAAUGCCUUUAGAUCUCUUUAAAAUUGUGAGAAUUGAACUGAAUGGCACGGGGUUCACACUGACACUUGAUCCUAUCUUUGUUGGAAGAACCUCCCUCUCUAUAAUGCCCUGUCGCAGCAGAGUCUAAGUACCUUCAGAUCUAUUUUCUAUAUCACAGUUCACCAGCUAUGUUCUGGUAUAGAGACUGUAUAGACAGAGUUAAUAUUUGGACUGUUGUCCUAUAUUUUUUACAAGUAUGUCCCCGUUUCCUUCUCUUUCUAAUGCUGGUCACAUACUUAAAUAUUUUGUCAAAAGAAAACUAGAACAUUUUUUGGAAGGGUAGUUGUAUGAUUUUUUUUCUAAGAAACACAGCAAACACAAAGUGAACUAGUUCACACUUGAAAGAGUCCAAAUAAACCUUUUUUUUUUGUCUACAACAUGCGUAUACCUUAAAAGCAGUUCAAGAAAGUUUGAACAGCUUCUUUGUGGCGCAUAAAAACACAUUGGAGGCUGGCAGACAGCUUCUGUAAUCAUGGUUGAUGAAGUGCUAAUUACCGCCGCUGCAAUCAAUGUGAGGAGCUCCCUGAACACACACACACACACAAACACAUACACCAACAAAAACAUUUCUAAACAGAUGUGCGUGUGGGUGGGUGGGAGAGCGCUGUAAGGAAAUGGUGUAUACAUAUCACUAUCUGUGUCCCACCAGCGGUUUAGCCCGCCUUCUCUGGUGAAUCAAGAAAAAGGGGGGAAAAUAAAACCUGAAGUCUAUUUUUCUUUAAUCUUAUUUCAGAGCGUGGGCUCUAGGAAAUAUCUCUAGGCCUUGUAGGCCUCUGUUCCUCACUCACCGACUUCUUUGGACAUUGAAGCAAGGCUUUGUGGCUUCGACCCAGAUGGUCUUUAACUGCAGCAAAUGGCAGCCAUCUUAUGGCAGCGUCUACUUAAAGCAAACAAAACAACAUGGCUGAAAUCCAAUAGGUGUUAUUUAUAUGUGCUGCAUCCCUAUUUGGUUCACCAAUCUAAAGCAUGGACAAGGUUACUAUUGUUCCCAUUUUGCAGCAGUUAUACAACAGAAGGCUUAUAAUGUAUCUGUGGCUCUGUAUAAAACCUAGGGAAAAUGACUUAUAAAAAUCAUAACUUUUUAAAGGACUAAAUUAUAUAUUAUUAUUAUUAUUAUUGUAAAAGGAUUUGUCUCCUAGCUCAGCAUGCAGAGUCCAGUACUGAUCAUCUCGGCCUAUCACGUGCCUGUUUGACCUUGAUUCCCGGCAUGCAAAAACAAGAUCCCAGUACCCACUGGGCCAAAGGUGCCUCACUCACCCCAUAGAUCCAUGUAAAGGGAUGCGUAGCAUUAUCCAUUGAAAAAACAACACUCAGAUAUGGUCAUUCUGAAAAAAACCAAAGCACUUUUUUUCAUCCCCAGAAAAACUUAGUCUCGAUGAUUACAAAUCGAAAAAACUAAAUAAAUCUGACCCGUUCUCAGAUUUACCGUAAUCCAUCAAAGCUUUCACUGUGACAGCAUUCGUUACUCGUUUGAAAGAAUCAACUGUCCUCAGACCCCAGGUGGUCUUGGCUGAUGUCACUUUUUCGAGACGGAUGUGCGUAUAACCUAAAUGAAUCACAUGCAUGUAUUUUCUACUAGGAACAAGGUAGGGGCAUUGUUCCUCCCUCUCUACGAGCAGGGGGGGGCACUAAAAGGAGCUUGAAUGGGCAUGUUGCAGGCUUUAGCACGCUGAUGACUAAUCUGAAGGUAAUCCACUGCACUUUGAUUUGCAUUUUCAUAAUGACUGUUAGUGGAUUUGUUUAUUUGAAUUCUUUAGUCUUGCUUUACUCAUUUUUUUUUAUAGAAUUUAACAUGGUAAGAAUUUGGAUAGAAGUAGAUAGUUUACUGCUGUAUGCUGCUAAAAAGUGCAACUUCAUUACAGAAUUGUUAUGGUUAACAUACUAAUCUGUUUUUAUUUGGGUUAUACAUAUUCAGUUUGUGAUGACUAAAGCACAUUAUAUAUGGUUUAGACACAGUUAUUUAUUAGUAAUAAGCAGUUGAUAAAAUAACGAAUGGUAGGCUUACACACACCUACACGCACAGGAGCUGCAAACCACUUAAGAUGUGUGCAGGGCAAGGGCAGGUUUUGCCCUUUUUACACCCUGUCAUCCUCUAGUUCCACAAACUCUACAUGCUGGGCUGGUUAUAUGCUCUGGCCAUGCGAUCCAGAAAACUGGUUCUUUCAAGGCUGAAAUAACGCUUCAUAAGGACUAGUGUGUACAUGUACAUCUCUGUUGUUUUUUUGGUUUUUUUCCCUUGUUUUUUGUCUCUUGUGUAUAAAUUGUUUGUGCCGUUGCUUCCAGAUCCCAACUGGUUUUGCUUUGUUAUCCCCGUAUUCAAUUUAUUUAAGAUGAAUAUCCUUGAAAUUCUAUUUGCAAUCAGAGCAUAUUCAAACCCUCUAAAAGUGAUUGCACUAAUAUAGGUGAAUAAUGUACAUUAAACCGAAAUAUUUAUUAAGUUGUGUUAUGUUGAUGACAGAAGACAGAAGCCUGUUCCUGUGCACAUCAGACAUUUUACUGGUCCAGAUGGUUUCAUCUGUCCACUGAGGUCCAAACAUGGUCCUCUUAUCCAAUUUUCCCCCAUCGUAUUCCAAAUGAUUAAAGAUGAUUGUUUUGAUCCAGAAGUCUUUGUUUAUUAUGUUCUUUUCCUAUAAGUUUCAUAAAAGCAUUUGUCGCAUCUUUUAAAAGAUAGAUGUCUUGAGUUCAAACAGACAUUAUCUUUCAGUAGUUGUCCUGACUAAAUUGGUUUGUUUUCUAAUGUUUGGCUAGCUCUACCACAGAAAUGGUAGAAAGCCAAACAUUAGAAUGGCAUCACACAGAAGCAAAUAAAACUCCAGGACCCCAGGACCCUCAGGUGUGAUAAAAUAAUCCCCUCUUCCAGUUUAUAUAGAAGCCCCUUUGUCUUUCCUAUGAUUGUAACUCAUCAUGCAUACUUUCAUCCGGUUGAUAUAUGCAUCAUUACUGAAGCAAAUGGAGGAUCAUUAUAGAGUUCUUAAUUAUGUUAAAAAGGCUUAAUGACUUUUCAACUCCACUUUAGGCCGUAAAAGCUCACACAACUCAUGUACAACAAGAUGCAUCCUGCUUUUUAGGAAAACUCGGAUAAAUUCCUAAAAUCUAAGAGGGUUUGAAUAAAUCAAAUUGCAACUGUAACUUUUUCUUGCUUUGUAACCUUUUGUUUUGUAUAAUGUCCCAUCUGUUGCAUGGGGAGAGGAUGGCAUUGAUGAACUGCAUGUAGUAGGCUAUGUCUAUUAAGAACCGUUGGUAUGUGCCGCAAAUUUUACAUAAUAUAUGCAAUGAGUUUGUCUACACUAUACAGUUUGUGUUUGUUGUAUACACUUAUACAACAUGCUAAAUAAGAUAUUUAUAUAAAUGCGUACUGUAAUGUCAGUAACUUAAUACCUAAUGCAAUAUAGUGUGCAGUAUAUUAUUGCACUUGUCAUUUUUGAGAGGACAAAGAAAACAGAAAGGGUUGACUAGUUUACGCAUGAAAAAAGGCCAAAGUAGAAAUAAAACCUUUUCUUGGCGACCUCUUAUUGGUCACAUUUCAAGUGCUGACUGAACUCUUUUUGUCGAUGCAUCUCCCAUCCCCUUUCACUAUAUUUUGAAGUGACAUGAACCAUCCAGCAUGCCACAAACUGAAAUAUUUAUGCGCUCCUCUUUGUUUUCUCCACUUUAACCUUCUCACUGCAAGGAGAGUGGGAAAUGACAUGAUGGGCAGCUUGUUUUGGGUUGAUUUCUUGGGAUAUAGAGGAACAAACACUGUUAGAAUGAUUUGUUUUUUCAAAAAAAUAUAAAUAUAUAAUAUACCAUUGCAAGUAUGCUCAUUGGAGUUUUGUCAUGUAAUAUCAAAAUUUGUAACCAUGUAUGAUUAAGGUCUUCGCAUUGUUUUCCAUGCAAAAUGUUGUGUCAUGUGGCACAUUUAAUGUUUUAUUAUGAAAAAAGAAAUAAAAAAAAAUUUAAAGAGUAA